AUGGCACCAACCACAAUAAUUUUUCCAAUUGAAACAGAAGCUCCAAUUACAUCAAGUACGCAAACCACAACUGAAACUCCCACAACAACGAUAAGCCAACCAACAACAAUUGCCCCAACCACAACAAGUCCUCCAACUGCAACAGCACCUCCAAGCACAGCAAGUACUCAAACUACAGCUGAAGCUUCAACCACCACAAAUCUUCCUCCAACUACAAGUAAAACCACAAAUCCUCCUACAACUACAAGUAAAGCACCAACAACUGAAACUCUGACUGAAACUCCCACAACAACAAUAAGGCAACCAACAACAAUUGCCUCAACCACAACAAUUGCCCCAACUGCAACAGCAGCUCCAACUACAGCAAGUUCUCAAACAAUC